AUGAACAGCAUUGCCAACGCGACACGGCCGCACUCACCGCCGACCAUCAACAAGCUCAUUCUCGACAUCAAGCGCUCUGCUGCCGCGCACGCUUACAUCGUGGUGCUCUCGUUCUCCACAGCAGUUGGCAGACGAGCAGCUGCUACCGACGCAGGCGGUGAGGUCGAGCUCGGAGCGCAGGCUCAGGCCGAGGCCCAUGAGAGCGAUGGCGAUAUUGUUCGCUGUGUCUCCGAGGUGGGCGUGGCCGGCGAUCGCGCGGUGUGGCGGAACGAUGACUUGGGCCGGCCGGUCGAACUGGAUGGUCUCCCCACUGAUGUCACGGUGGUGCGGACGCCCGACGAGGCGGCCGAGCUGGCGGCGGCGCUCAUCGAGCUAUCACGGGCUCAUCCGGAGCGGAUGUUUGCAUGCGAUGUCGAGUCGGUGAUGUCGGCUGACGAGGCGGUCGACGGUGACGGCGAGGGUAAGGGCGAGGCCGGGCAAGGCGCGACGGGUGUUCGGAGCGCGCCAUCGCUGGCCAAGACCUCGCCGUACCUCGCCGGGCGAGUCAUCUGCCUCUCUGUCUACGCAGGGCGCGAUUUUGACUUUGGAGCAGGCUCGCGGCUGUGGAUCGACAACCUCGAUGAGGCCUCAGGCUGCCUUGAGGCCUUUGCGCCGUUUCUGGAGGCGCCCGAGGUGCCCAAGGUCUGGCACAACUACUCGUUUGACAAGGCGCAACUGAUGCGGCACGGCAUUGCCGUGGACGGGCUCGGUGGUGACACGCUGCACAUGGCGCGGCUGUGGAACUCAUCGCGCAAGCUUCGCGGGUACUCGUUGGCAGCGCUGUCGGAGGACUUGCUGGCGGCGCCCAAGGUGAGCAUCAAGGACAGCUUUGGCAUGCGCAAGAUCAAGGCCAACGGCGAGCCUGGCAAGCAGAUUGUGGUGCCCGAGCUGGACGCCGUGCAGCGAUCAGCGCGGCUGGUGAGCAAGUGGAUCCACUACUCGACGUACGACACGCAGGCGACGCACGAGCUCUACCUCGAGCUAGCGUCUCUGCUGGCCGCGACGCCGUGGCGGCCCAACACCAUGACGCUGCCGGCCGGCUUUGAGCCGCGAUCGGCCACCAUGCUCGACUUCUACAACGCCGUCUGGAGGCCGUUUGGCGCCCUGCUGACCAACAUGGAGGCGCGCGGCAUCCGGGUCGAUGCGAGUCAGCUGGCGGCGUCCGAGGCCAUUGCCAUCAACGACCGCGACGCCCACGAGCGUGCCUUCCUCGACUGGGCCGAUGCUGUCUCCCCUGGCGCGCGGCGGAUGAACAUUGCGUCGCAGCUGCAGAAGACGCAGCUGCUCUUUGCGCCGUGCGCCAACGCCAAGACCAAGGAGAAGCUCCCGCGCGAGCGCGCGUUCAAGAUCCUCAACACCGAGGGUAUCAUUCUGGAAGGCAAGAAGAAGCCGCUCAAGCACCGCGAGCUCGCCAUCGCCGGCCUCGGCAUGAGCCCGCUCGAGACGACCGACGCCGGCUGGCCGUCGGUCUCGUCGGCCGUCGUCUCGGCGCUCGCCGGCAAGAUUGUCGAUCCUACUCUCGACGAUGCGAGCGUCAACAGCUACGGCGCGGCGUACGAGCAGGUCGAAGCCGCAGCCGGCGCCACCGGCGAGGAGCGACCGUUUGCGGCGUCGGCGACGCCCGGGCACGACGCGUGCGUCGCUCUAGACGCGCUCGCCAACGUCACGGCCAUCGACACGCUGCUCUCCAACUUUAUCAUCCCGCUCCAGACCAUGACUGACGACGCGUCGCGGAUCCACUGCUCACUCAAUCUCAACACCGAGACCGGGCGGCUCUCUGCACGCAACCCGAACCUGCAGAACCAGCCUGCGCUCGAGAAGGAUCGGUAUCGGGUCCGCGACGCGUUUCGGGUCCCGCCCUCGCGCACGCUCAUUGUGGCUGACUACGGGCAGCUCGAGCUGCGGCUCCUGGCGCACAUGGCGUCGUGCGAGUCGAUGAUUGCGGCCUUUGAGCUCGGUGGCGACUUUCACUCGCGGACGGCGCUCGGCAUGUACGGGCACAUCCAGGAGGCGCUCGACUCGGGCGAGGUGCUGAUGGAGUGGGACUCGUCGGACGGGGCGGCGGCGCCCAAGCCGCUGGUCAAGGACGUCUUUGCCUCUGAGCGGCGCAAGGCCAAAGUGCUCAACUUUUCCAUCGCCUACGGCAAGACGCCGAUCGGCCUCGCAAAGGACUUUGACGUCACCGUCGACGAGGCGCAGCAGACGCUCGACCUGUGGUAUGCCGACCGACCCGAGGUGCGGGCGUGGCAGGAGGCGACGAUCGAGGAGGCCACCCAGUGCGGGUACACCACGACGCUCAUGGGCCGGCGCCGCUACCUGCCGGCGCUGCGGUCGAGCAAGCCGUUUGCGCGCGGCCACGCGGCGCGCGCCGCCAUCAACACACCCAUCCAGGGCGGCGCCGCCGACAUUGUCACAGCCGCCAUGCUCCGCAUCGAGGCCUCGCCCAAGCUCACCCACCUCGGCUACGAGCUCCUUCUGCAAGUCCAUGACGAGGUCAUCCUCGAGGGCCCGGCCGAGGCCGCCGACGAGGCGCUCGCCGAGGUUGUGGCCCUCAUGGAGGAUCCGUUCGGCGUCCCGCUCAAGGUUCGGCUUGAGGUCGAUGCCAAGCACGCGCAGACGUGGUAUGAGGCCAAGUGAGGAUGGUGCGUGUUUGGAGGUGUACAGACAGAGUUUGUUAAAGAGAUAACUUACCC